AUGUCAAGACAAAGCGGGUGGAAUCAAUAUUAUCACCAAGGUCAAGGUUAUGAUACAAGAGGAGCUGGCGUCGAGGAAAAGGGAGUAAGUCCUAGUGACCCUUCCUUCUGGGGAUCUUCUGACAGUCGGCCUAAUACCGCACCUAGUGCGCCCCCCCCAGCUUCUGUAAUUGAGUUUGAAGAUACGAAAAAUUCUGGGAAUAAAGAAGCCUUAGAAUCUGAAACUGACGAAGAUUAUGCCAGACGUUUAUAUCGCGAAGAUCGUGAAGAAAUGGACAGACAACUUCGUAAUAAAUAUGGACAACCGGGAGACGGUGCCUAUUAUAAUACUUCAGACGCGCCAGGAGGUUAUGCCUCUGGACCUCAAGCUGAACAAUACGGAUCUGGAAUUCCACCACAAGCACCACAAAUUCAAUUUCAACCUCAACCAAGAACUUAUUGGAGACCAUAUUUUACCUACCUUGUUACUCUUACUCUUGUUCAACUUGGUGCACGUUUUGUUCCCUGCAUGCGAAAUGUUGCUGGUUUCAAUGACACUACUCAAAUAUCAUGCCCAACGUCUACUGGUGGAACUACUACUUGUAAUUUAGAGACUUUAUGUGGCCUUGGUGGAUUUCAUGGCGGUGGGCCUGAUCAAUGGGACCGAUUUAUCAUACCAAUUUUUCUUCAUGCUGGUGUAAUACAUUAUAUUUUCAACAUGGUGUUCCAAUUAACGACUGGGAAACAAGUGGAAAAUGAACUCGGUUUUUUGCGUUAUGGUAUUAUAUAUAUGGCCAGCGGUACAUUCGGAUUUAUCUUUGGAGGAAAUUUUGCUGCGCCAGCAAUUCCCUCUAUGGGUGCAUCCGGCUCUCUUUUUGGCAUCGUUGGUGUUUUACUAGUAGAAAUUUUACAAAAUUGGAAACGAAUUCCGAACCCAUGUUGGGAACUUACAAAAUUAUUAGUGAUGAUUAUAAUAUCAUUUUUACUUGGUCUUUUACCUGGUUUAGAUAACUUUUCUCAUAUAGGUGGAUUUUUAAUGGGAGUAACUACUGGUCUCGCUUUAAAUACAACAUAUAAUUUUUCAAAAAUUCACAGGUUUGCUAAUAUAAUUCUCAGAAUUAUUGCGGUGGGAAUUUCUGCAUUAUUAUUUUACCUCCUUAUACAAAACUUUUAUGCUGGCGAUCCAAACGAGAAAUGCCCUUGGUGUAAAUAUUUAAGUUGUUUACCAUUUACUGGAUGGUGUGAUAGUAAAAUAGGAAAUAGUACUACAAAUUAA